GAGAUUGGAGCUGCGUGCUGAGCAUGAGCCUAGCUAGCUAGCGCCUAGCCGAGAUUACGCACAUGUUGUUAUCGUGACAGUGUCGUCUGCAAGCUGACGUGGAAUACACCGUACAAGUGAGACUUCUUGUUCACUUUGAUUCUUCUGUCUUAUUUCAACAAGGAAACGUAAACUCAACAACAAUGCCUGGCGAACAAAAUACAGAAUUCCCUAGUGAGGUAAAGGCACUCAUCAAGGGCUUUGAGCUGACCCGAGAGCUUCAAUAUGAUAUCAUGGGAAGACUUGAAGAUGAGAUGAACAAAGGUCUGAAAGCUGCUCUAAAUGCCGAAGCCAAGAUCAAGAUGUUGCCAACAUAUGUCACAUCGUUACCUGAUGGAACUGAAAAUGGUGACUUCCUGGCGCUGGAUCUUGGCGGCUCUAACUUCCGUGUGAUGUGGGUGAAGAUUAAAGACGGGAAGAGCAAGGCCUGCAUGGAUGUGUACACGAUCCCUGGCGAAGUGAUGAGAGGGCCGGGAGAUCAGCUCUUUGACUACAUCGCAGAGCAUCUUGCCAAGUUCACCAGCUACCACAAACUUUGUGAGAUGUGUAUUCCCCUCGGUUUCACCUUCUCCUUCCCGUGCUUCCACAAAGGUCUCGCCUCAGCUACUCUAGUAACAUGGACUAAGGGUUACGACGCAGCUGGCGUGGAAGGAAAAGAUGUUGUACCCCUUCUUGAAGCUGCCUGUAAGAGAAAGAAUGUACGAGUUGACAUAGUAGCUGUGAUCAAUGAUACUGUAGCGACGCAAAUGGCUGGUGCUUUCAAGAAUCAUGACUGUGUUGUUGGUUUAAUUCUUGGCACUGGCUGCAAUGCGUCCUACCUGGAAUGUACAGAGAAAGUGGAGAUGUAUGAGGGACCUAAAGGACCGGACAAGUUUGUCAUCCUCGACUGCGAGUGUGGAGCGUUCGGUGAUAACGGGUGUCUGGAAGAUAUCAGGACCGACUUCGAUCGGGACAUUGACGGGAGGACCUUCAAUCAUGGAAAACAAUUUUAUGAGAAGAUGAUAGCUGGCAUGUACCUUGGGGAGAUCCUUCGUCUUUCUAUGAUCCAUUUAAUCAAUCAGAAAGUUAUCUUUGGAGGUGUGCUUCCAGAGGCCCUCGAGAAGGAAUGGGGCUUCGACACCAAGUAUCUUACAUAUAUUGAAAAGGAUAAAACUGAAGACUUAUCUGGGACGAGAAAGAUCCUCCAGAGCUUUGAUCUUCAACCCACCGCAGCAGAGCUUCAGAUCAUCCGAGCGCUCUCCCGUUCCAUCUGGACCCGUGCGUCCAGACUGAUCGCCUCGGGGAUCUCCCAGAUAGCGCGGCGCAUCAACAAACCCAGCAUCACCGUGGCCGUGGACGGCUCCCUCUAUCUCCACUUCCACCAGUUCCGAGAGAUGAUGGUGUCCGAGAUCAAGGCCCUGGUGCCCCAGUACGAUGUCAAGUUCCACCACGCGGAGGACGGCAGCGGCAUCGGAGGAGCCGUGACAGCAGCGGUUGCCGUGCGACAGAGCAGGAGAGUGCAGAAUGGACAACCCUUCCAGAAUGGACAACCCUUCAAGAAUGGACAACCCUUCCAGAACGGACAACCCACAGCACCCUUCAUGAAUGGGGAUUGUGUAUGAGCCUGGGAUUGUGCAUCACUCAGGGGAUGGGUAGAACUGGAUCAAUGCCUUCCUGUCAAGAGGCUACAUUUAUUUCCAAACAUCUGAAGCGAAAUCAUCAAAAACUUUGCUCUUCUCUUGAAGACUGUUCUCUUGAUGAGUUUCUUUCUUCAAUACAACCAUCGGCUGGAUCGUAAGGUGUGGUACGUUCACCGAGGAUAUCUUGUGCUCUUAACAUGCAUGGACUCCUUAUUAAGAACACAGACUCGUAAGUCUUUACUAUCUCUUGACUUCAAACUGUUCUUGUUUCUAUAAGCAAGGACAUCAGGCUUUAUGAUGAACAGAUGUAAUAUAUGAAAGCCUAUACACUCUGUGCUUCCCUUUUCUCUGUCACAAGAUUGUGCAUUGUUAAGAAGUAUGAACAUGAUACUGUUCUUUCUUUUUUCUUUUUUCAUAUUUUAUUAAGAUCUUUUUUACCUUUACCAGAAUUGAACCUUUCUCUUUAAAUUCCCUGUUCUUUGCAUUUUCUCUCUUUUCUGUGUCUCUAUGACCACCCUUUUCACCUUUUAUGUAUCCCUCUAUCUCCUUGUACAUCCAGCCUCCUCUUUCAGACUGCAUAGGUUGGCAUUAUAGUGACAGACAACCUUCAUAUGUAUGUAUUCUGAAGUUGUCUUUGAAGGCUGGUCAAUGAUAAAUUUUGGGCGUAAUGUCACUUGUCUUUGCGUCUGAGCGAGUUGUUUGAUCUGUGAUGACCUUUGUGGUCUGAUGUUUUCCGUUGGCUAUCUUGUGAUUCCUUAUAAACAAUUGUUUUGCUCAGUCCGCUGACCUUCAUACACAAAGUCCACCUCAUAUCAGUUAGGUGACCUUAGCUCAAUAUGGCCUUCAGAAUAGAUAACUUGCCCUUAAUCUUUUAAUUCUGGCUAUACUAAUAAUGAAAGAUAAUUAUAAUAAUUAUGGUAAUAAUAAUAAUGAUAAGGAUAAUA